AUGUCGCUCGAGGUAGCUGAACACCUUUCUCCGGAAGACGAGGAUGUCUACCUCGACAACAUCAUCAAGUUCUGCCGCUCUGUAACGCGAUGCCUGUCGCUGUCUCCUCCUCACUCGCUCUCAGCGGCUGGGCGAGGGCACGGGCACCUGAACUGCAGAGAGAACUCAUACGUCAUCCGCAAGCUGUUUGUGAAUGGGUUCCGCUUCCACGAAGAAGACACCAAGUGGGUGAAAAAUUCUGAGGCUUUUUGGUUCAAGGAGACAUUGAUGGUGUUCGAUCGAUUUGCAUUUCUGCAAGAUUUUGGGCUGUUCAAGAUGAGUAUGAGCCAAGUGAAUGGAUUUGAAUUGAGCCAGCUGUUGCAUCAAGAGGGGCGAUUAUUUCCUGUGAAUGAUUCUGUUGCUUCCUUUACUUGGUCCAAGGAAACUCUCUGUAAACAGGCUCCUGCACUUCUUGACGACGAGCAUGUCGAGGAGGUUGUUGAUGCAGAUGAAACAGUGGAUUUUACAGCUGAAGUCGAUAUGACCGACUGCAGCUCUCCUGGAGAGGGCGAGCAUCUCCUUUCAACUUGCCUCCUGGUGUUUGUCAACGGCAAGUUCCGUCAAACUGUUUGUUCCCAUCCCGACUCUCGCAUCGUCCGAGUGCAGCUGUUUGCAUUGAGUGUUGGUGUAUACAACAUCACUCUCUGUCCCGCGCUGCCCAACGGUGUGACUUCACCACAGCAAGCGGUCAACCUCGUGAGGGUGGUGAGGAGCAACAACGAUCGGAAAUCUCACAAGGAGGAACCAGCGGCGGCUGGAGCGUCCCAAGAGAAAUACGACGAGCUGCUUCAGCGACUGAGAGACAUAGAAGGAGAAGCUGAAGAGCUCAGGGCUAUCAUCGACGACUUGUCCACCAAGACGUGCAAGAACGAACAACGUGAAAGCUCUGCAAGAGGAGAGCUGGAGAAAGCGUUGGGACUGAGGAAGGAAGACAUGACUGAGAUCAUGGCGGCGCUUCCUGGGAAACUGUCUACUGUGCUGGACGGAAGUCCUCUAGUGCCAAGAGCAAACACUAAGAAUCUGUUGCAAGAGGUGAAACUGCGAAGCGAUGAUGUGAAAAUUAGUUUCAUGCUACUUGCUGAUGAUGUUCACGAUGACGAUGAUGAUGAUGAAAAUGAUGAUGUUGAUGACGAUGAUGACGAUGACGAUGAUGAUGACUGCGACAUAUGA